UUAUCAGUUGUUUAUUUUUAGUAAUAAGUAACAUCGUAGAUAUUUAUUAUUAAUUAUUAAUUAAAUAACUAAUUAAAAAAAUCAUAAAAUGGAAACUCCACCGGAUGUGGAUUGGGUGCAAUUACGAAUUGACAUGGGAAGCAUGGACGAGGAGGAUUUUUCAACAAAAUUCAAGCGUAAAAUUUUUGGCAAUCCUCUGGUGCCGAUAGGAGCGGCAGCAACGUCAAUAGCUUUAAUAACUGGUCUAGGAUAUCUGAGGGUUGGAAACAGCGCGAUGCAGCAAAUCAUGAUGAGGUCUAGGGUAUCUGCUCAGGGUUUCACGGUCGCGGUCGCGCUUCUUGGUACUAUGUCUAGUACUCUGUCCUCUCACUUUGAGGAAGCUGCUAAUUUUGCUAAAAAGUACACUGGAAUUGGUACUGUUUCGGAUGAUAAUCCUGGCGAGCCAAAGGUCAGCCAGGUUGAGAGCAAAAAAGAUGAUAAAAAAAAUGAUAAAUAAAUUUUUAUUUGUUUUGUAUAUUAGCAAGUAUUUUUAGAUUGGUUAAUAUUUGUAUAAAUUAUUUUCGCUUAUGUAAUAAAAUUUAAUUAUAAGUUA